AUGCCGCCCUAUAUCGCUGGGACGUGUCGGCAACUUUUAAAGUGGAAACCAGCUCAUAUGAACACCGCAGAUUUCGCUGUCGAACUUGUGAUGGGCGAUUCAAUGCAAGAGUUUCAUGUAAAGCUCUUAGCAGCGAGUGAAGGGGUUCAAGUUUUCCAAGGGAUCUGGUUGUCCCGCAGUGGUCCUCACUGGCAAUGGCUGACCGAAAACACACGGCAAGUGAACGGCGCGAUAAUCGAGUGCAAUUGGGAUCCUAACACUUACACAUUUGUGAGCUUCAAGAGCUCCACUCCACGAAUUACAACAGUAUCUGCUCAGGUUCCCUCUGACGCUAUGCACUACGUUGAAACUGGCGACUGGGUACCAGGCGGAUGGCAGUUCCAACGGAUACGAACGGACAGGACAUCUCCUAAUGACGAGAGGGUCGUUGGUCGCGUUAAGAAAUCUAUUGCGGACUCUGUCACAUUCGAGGAGCUCAGCGAUUACAUCCAUAAGAACGCCCGAACACAGAAAGUUUGCGAGAUGUGUAAAAUGCCGAGUUGGUGGAGCAAGAGUAGUGACAGUUGUGAAAGACAAGACGAUGAUGACGCGAAGCGGCAAAAGCAGAAAUAA